AUGAUUUUUAUCUUUUUGUUUGCUGUUGUCUUUUCACCCCUUGCUUUUGCAUUGAGCCACGCUGUCAUCCGUGAAGGCUUAGAAAAGGGUCAUUUGUUCCCAGAGGUGUUUGAUGCAUUUGAGCCACAAAGUGAAUUGCGUAUCACCUAUCAUAUGACCAGGAUGCUGCAAAUGGGUACCACCAUCGAAGCUCAGGAGGUGGAACAGCAACCCCAUGUUUGGUUUUCAAAGACAAACGACGUCUCUCAGUAUUCGUUGGUUUUGAUGGAUCCUGAUAAUGAGGAGAAUGGUCCUUAUUUGCAUUGGCUCGUUACGAACAUUGAUGGUCAACGUCCUGCUACCGAUGUUUCAAACGAAGAUCCACUCUUUCAGUAUAUCCCUUACACAGCUCCCACAGCAAACGAUAAUCCUCAUCGCUACGUAUUUGCUCUUCUCGAACAAUCCCAGCAAAACCAAACAAUGACACCUGAAAAUCCCCGUCUUGAUCGUGCAGCAUUCGACAUCAACAAGUUUGCAAAGGACAACAACAUGAAGAUCGUCACUGCUCUCUAUAUGCUCUUAUAA